AUGGCAUCAGAAGAGCGGGACGACCCGCCGAUGUCUAGGACCGAUACCGACCAGUCGAAACGCGCCUCAAGGCAAAUCAACCGCGGUCACGACGACACUCUUCCAGCCGCUCCUAAAUACAAAUCUGUGGACAAAGUGGGUUCAGUAAGUUUGUACUCGUUAUUAUAGUACGGCAAAUUGAUUUUCUUUUAAAAAAUUGAUCUUAUCACUAAAAUAAAAAAAACUGCACCGUGCAGAGUAAUUUAAAGCUUUUAAUACUCACAUUGUCAGAUAUUUAAAAAUGAGUUUUUUUUUAUUUCAGGAUGACAACGACUCUCCAGACAGUGAAGAUUCAUCAGAAAUGAGGGUUGUUCCAAGGCAAAGAGUUCUAGCCCCCGCUAUUCCUUAUCAUCAUCCUCAUUUUGGUGUUCAUAGUAAGUUAAAUAUUCGAUAUUCCACCCAUAUUAAGUUUGAUUAGGUUCAAUUCUUGUCAAUUUAUCCAUACUUUUACGAAAAUUCUAUAUCUUACUUUCCUCAAUAUUAAAACGAAUCCCCUCGCCAUUAAAAUGAUAUUAACCUACCUUGCCCAUUCUUUUCAGCGUACCAAGUCCCAACCUUCAAAAUCAACCAUUCCAAACUGAUCGAAGGAGUGAUCAAGCCCUCGCUCUUCCAUCUAGCCAAAACCAUAGCCAAUCGUGGCGUCUUCUUCCUAAUUUUACCCAUCUUCCUCAUCGGAUUCUCACUUGUUGGCCCAAUUUACUACCAGAAUCAGCUCCAAAUCAACGUGCCGUUCCCAUCGUUCCUCAGCGGUCCAGAUCCAACUGUAGCAGCCAGAUCAUUAAGGUCACAGUUGAAUCUACUUCAAUUCAACUCUACAAAUCCUGAAUUUGAUGCGUUGAAAAGGACGAGCUCUUCUGAAUUCGGAAUUCUGUUAAGCACAAAGUAAGUAGACCUAACAUAAUAUAAGUUGUUAUAACCAACUAACACAAGCCCUUAUUAACUGGAAAUUGAUAUAAUAUCAUUUUCAGAACUUUGUAAAUUUUUAGUGUAGCUAAUACUUUCAUUACCUCAAAGAUAUAACAAUAUAAAUUAGCAGUAGACACCUAAGACCUUUUGAUAAACCUAACAUAAUAUAACAGAUCAUAAUAAACGAAAACUCAGACUCCAUUACCCAAAAUUAGUAUCAAAACAUAGCCAAAACUCCAACGUUACUAAAAACAUCCAUUAACUUACUUUAUCUUCAGGAACCCAUUCACCAACAUCAUUUCCAACUCGUCAUUGUUAACAUACGCAAGGUUGAACGCGAUGAUCCAGAACUUGUCCGUUACUCAUGCUUUCAUGAGUUUGACUGUAAGUAAAAAUUUUUAGAAUGUAAUUUACGAUGUUUACUAUUGUUUGGGGACAAAAAUUUGUCUUGACUUUUGUGACAUUUCGUUCUUUUGACUGUUAGAAGUUGUGACACUUCGCUUUUUUGGGCAGAUUUUGGGUUUUGUAAAUAACAUAGAUGUUUUUGGGCUGUUAUUUUAGUGAAUAUUAUAGAUAUAGGUUUUCUUUGCAUUUUAGGUAGUUUUUUGCCUCAUUAAAGCUUUUUUUCGACUUAAUUUUAUGGUUUAUAUUAUGUUAGGUCCCACUUUUUUUUGUAUUUCAAGUAAUUUUAAGUUUUGUAGAGUAGAUCCUAUGAACCUGCUGGUAUCUUACAUUAAAAUUGUUUAACAAUUAUAUUUUAUUUUUAGUGGGACGAUAUUUGUCGUGAAAACUGCGUCGCCGACAAUUUACUGGUCAAAAACUUGAGGAAUGGACGUGCGUUGCUCAAGUUUCCAGAUGCCAUUGUUUACGACGAGUUCAACAAACAGCAUCGAUUCUCUUUGGCUAACAUCUUUGGUGGUAAGGAAUUGUGUUUUUAUAUUGAUUUUGACUUUUUAAAUUAUGGUUUAUAGACUUUUUAAUUUGAUUUUAACAUUAGGAGUCGAUGUUGAUGGUGAAAACGUCGUUACCAAGUCGAAUACGAUUCAGAUGAACAUUAAGCUGAAGGACACGUUAAAGACUGAAACUUAUGAUCAAUUUGAUGCUAGAUUGCGAAGUUUGGUAAGCUUUUAAUAAUUUUGCUAAUAUUUCACAAAAUUAAAAAAAAAUUUUUUUGGAAAUUCUUUGAAAAUCUCAUCGACUGUCAUUUUAGCUCACCAACCGUUUCUCAGACAAGGAAAUGCGUGUGUAUUACUGGUCGAUGUAUAACUAUGUUAAGGAAGUUGUGCAGACUCUUACUGCCACUCAUUAUCGACUGAUUCCUUUUGCCAUUUUGUUGGUUAUAUUUUGCGUUUUGGUCAGUAUUCGAAUGGAUUCUUACAGAGUAAGUGAUUACUACUAUUUUUUAUUAUCUUUUCUUGAAGCAGAGGUCUGAAGGUCGGUUUUGUGACAUUUUGUUCACAUUGAUAUCGAUUUUUUUAAAAAGAAUAGUUUUGGCUAAAAUAUAUAUUGAUAAUUUUUAAAAACGAUUUUUAUUAUUAUGACGUGCCUAGUUCGUUCGUAUUUUACCAUAAACUUUCAGACCAGGCCAUUCGUAGGCCUUCAAGGAGGUAUCAUCCUUGUCAUCAGCGCUUUCGUCGGUUAUGCUGUUCAAAUCGCUGGAGCUGGUCAAAUGAAUGCCAUGGUGUUUCCAGCUGUCUUUGUGAUUAGUGCUUCUGGAGCUUUGUUGUUCUUCUCCUUGGGACAGACUUGGAAUCGGUAUUCAUUGGCAGCUCUACAUCCAGCUGAAAAGCUGGCUUUUAUUGUGUCAUGGGAUGGUCCUUGCACGUUAAUGGCAUUGUUUAGUGUUAUUUUUUGUUCUAGUAAGUUGGUUUUUAUAGUUAUGGAUAGUUUUUUAUAUUGGGUUAGACUUAAAAAUCAAAAUAAUGGCUUUCAAUACUAAAUUGUUUUGCACGGUGCUAAAGCUAAUUUUAAAAAUUUAAAAAGUAAUAAAAAGAAAUUAUGUUUUAGUUAUAACGGCUAUAUUUGCUCCAUUUACGUUAAUCCAAGCUGGUUUCUUCACAAUUUCUUCUGGAUUAACAGCAGUUUUGGUGUUCUCCAUGUUGUACAUGACAGUUUGUUGGUAUUGGUCUGGUAGAAGAGAAGCUGAAGGCUUAAAAUGGUGGCAAAUUGGCAAAACUGGAGAUCAACAGUUCAGUGGUGAGUUACUUUAACUUUUAAGGUUCAAAACAUUGAGUUUAAGCUUUAAAAUGAGUUGGGUUUUUAAUUUCUUGGGGUAUUAUAGUAGAUAAGUUGGUAUAAAUUCAUUUUUUGGGAUUUAGUUGGUUAAGAUUGUUGAUCUAAUGGUAGUAUAAGGUAAAGAAGACGCUUUGCUUUCAGAAAAAUGUGUAGUAGACUACGAUCCUCAAACGGCGACGAUGUUACACGAAAAGUUGGCUGAUUUGAAGCCAAAUUUCGCUUCAUCUGUCGGCAAAUUUACCUCUUCGAAUGGAUUCAAAGCUGUAUCUCUGUGUGUUUGUGUUAUAUUUGUCAUAUUUGCUUACAUCGGAUCACAGAAUGUUAAUGUAUCAAUGAAGGAAGAGGACUUUGUACAGUCUAACUCGUCUUCAGCACAGUAUUUGACCAAGUACAAGACGGCUUUUAGGUAUGCAUGGGAUGGUUUAAGCUUGAAAUGGCUUUGUAUUAAAUUUGUGUUGUUUGAGAAAGAUGAGGUGAUAGCUAGAGGAAGAUAUAGUGUUCGUUAGAGGAGGGAACGAUAAUGUUUUGCUUAAAGAUAACGUAUCAGAUAGAUAAAAGCUUACCUAAAUCAUUUUCAGAAACUACGAAGAGUACAUUGAACUCAUCUUCGACGGUCCAAUCGACUACUACGACAAGAAUCGACGUGCCGAACUCCUCGACCUCAUGCGAAGACCUCAAGAAGAUGGCUAUGUCACCAAAAUUGUCAGCUGGCUGUCCGACUACGAGCGAUUCCAGCACAACAGUAUCUACGACAUUAAUCCAGAUACGAUCAUUGCUGUCAUCAACUAUGUCUUCUUGAAGUCAGAACAAUAUCAUCGAUAUGCGAGUGAUAUUGUCUAUGACCGACACAAGACUCAGAUCAUCAAGUCGAGGUCCUACUUGGAGUUGAGUGAGAAGGGUGUGAAGCAGAGACAGGAGUUGAUCAAGGAUUUGUUGGAGAAAGCUGAUUUAUAUGACUUGCCAUUGACUAUCAGGACUCCAAUGAGCUUUUCUCUUCAUCAUGAUGUUCAGGUAGAGUGGUUUUCGAUGUUAAGGGAUUUUAAAGUUUAAAAAUUAUUUAAAAUAAUAUAGUAAAACCCAAUUUUUAGGUCCAAAACCGCUUUCUACUAGCCUUUAUCUUUGAAAUUGGAUCACUGGUAGUUAUCACCUUCCUUCUCAUCUGGCAACCAGCUAUUUCUUUCUCUGUCCUCGUCAAUAACGCCAUUAUAACUGGGGGAAUAUACGGAUAUUCUUCAUAUUUCGGAAUCCCACUCAAUGCAGCCACAUUGUCAACCUUACUAAUGGGCAAUAUUUACACCGCAGUAAUGACGAUUCAUUUCGGUUAUCAGUUUGUCAACACUGGAAGUAAGCAACAAACUUCGAUCGAUCGAAUUUGCUACGCUUUUCAAUGUAGUUUGGCGCCGACAGUGUUCUCUGCCAUUGUUCUAGGAGCCUUCUUCUUCCCAUUGCCUGUGGCUGUAGAUGCACCAGUAUUGGUGCACAUUUGGAAGGUACUCAUUGCUGUGGCUGUUUUGUCAUGUUUGUCCAUGGUCUUCGUGUUGCCACUGUAAGUUUUUGUUGGGGUACUGUAUUGUAGGGUAGGUUAGGUGAAAAUAAAGUAUGUUAUGGCAGGGCAAAGACGUAAAAAGUAUUGAUAGGAGGUGGGAGAGCAUACUACAUUAUGGCACUAUAAGAUAGGGUAUGGUGUACCGUAGGACAUGACACGAUAGGUUAUGGCAGUGUAUUGCAGGGCAGGGUACGGUAGUGUAGUGUAAGGCAUGGUAGGGAAGCGUAGGGUAGGGUAUGGUAGAGUACAGGAAUGUAAGAUAAGGUAGUGUAGGGAAGGUUAAUGCAUCUGUAAUACGAUAACUUACAUGUUAUACUAGAGGGAAAAGUUAGUAAAUUGAGGUUUAAUUUUUUUUGUAAAAUACGUGGUUAAUUGGCUGUUUAACAAAUAUUAUUGUAGAUGCAUGAUAACCGCAACCGAAACAAUAGCUAAGGUCUUUGGCUCACUCCACAAAGUCUGUGAUAAUAACGGCAUUUUCGGCGUGGAACACCCAUCAGAAAGUAUCUACUACAUGGGCAAUAGACAGUUAAAAAUGCUAGGCUAUAGUAAUGGUGGGGUGGUGACAAUCGACCGUCAGACUCGACAAAUGAUUCUGAAUCCAACGCGAUUGCCACAACCACCUCCAGAGUACACGAUGAAUGGAAGUAUGAUCGUGACAGACCUGUAUCCACGAAGAGCGGAACGGUACAGGAUCAGGGAGACUGAAAGCGACGUAAGUGAUAUUGUUGUUGGUUGUUCAAAUAAUUCUGCGCCCUUUAACUAUGAAAUUUGUUUUGAGAGGGGCACAGAAUUAAUUGAAUAAGGUAGCUAAAAUCACCCCCCCCCCUCCCUUUGACAAUUCUGAAAUGGCUUAUUUAUAUUAUAGUACUGGUACUAUAAGACCUCGUACUAUACGGUACGAUUGAAAGUUGCAUAGUGCUAUACAUUGUAAGAGUAAAUUGCAUAGUACGACACAUUAUAAGAGUACAAAUUGAUAUUGUUAUAGAUCGAAAGCCGUCCAGCCAGCACGAGGGUAUCACAAUCAAGAGAAUCCUCCAGAAACCAUACUCCAAGACAUGAAAGAAGGGCUCGAUUCCCAAAGAACGUUGAUCUAGAUGGUGAAGAACAGAUCUACGAAGAGCCAGAUACUCCUGUAAGUUUUAAUACUCUUAAUAUAGUCUUAGCCUCGUACAAUAUAGUCAUAGCCUCCAAAACCUUUAUGCAAAUUUUAAUUUUUCUCAAAAUACGGCCAUUUUUAUUAUACCUUUACCCAAAAAAUCCGAAUAUUUCCUCAAACCCGUGCCAUUCCAGCCCCCACACCGCCACCGUUCCACCCAUACCUCACCCUCAAUCAGAUAUCAUGGUAUGAACCGUGACACCCAAGGAUUCCGUGUGGAAUACCCACCAGAUGUGGAACCUCAAACAUGGCGCCAAUACACGAUGGAUCCUCACGCCUUCGCCUAUCCCUACCUCUCAUCUCCAGCAUCGUCGCGACGUUAUGCUUAA